AUGUGUGAUAAACAGAUGCGCAAACCGGGCGAAGAGGCAAGAAACUUGCGUUCGAUGAAGAAAGCGAAAUUGGCGUGGCGGUCCAAUAGGUUGCUCGUUGUUCCCGCGGGAUUGUACGCCAUUAAUAACUACAUAAAAUUCGUCAUGCAGUUGUAUUUUCACCCGACGACGGUGAAAAUGCUUUCGAAUUUAAAAGUGCUCUCGAUCGCGUUGCUCAUGAAAGCGUUCAUGGGGAGAGUUUUUAGCGUUUUGCAGUGGGAAGCGUUGUUCUUAUUGAUUUUAGGCAUCACGGUGAACCAGUUGGCGUGUAAACCGUUGCACGGGACGAAGCACGGCGGGUUGACGGAUCCUCCCGGUGAUCCUCGAUCGCUCGGGUGUUAUUUUUACACCUUGUGUUCUAUCGUCGUCCCGUCGUUAGCGUCCGUGUAUAACGAAUACGCGCUGAAGAAGAACUUUGAAACCUCCGUGCACUUGCAAAAUUUGUUCAUGUACUUGUACGGUUUAAUGUUCAACACGAUCGCGCUGAUGAUUGUCUGGAUGCGAAACGGGUUUCAAGACAUCGGGAGCUUAUUCGCCGGACAUAACUCGAUGACCAUGUUAUUAGUCGCCAACAACGCCGCGCAAGGCGUGUUGAGUUCCUUCUUCUUUAAGUUUGCGGAUACGAUUUUGAAGAAAUAUAGCAGCACCGUGGCGACGAUAUUCACCGGUUUAGUCUCCGCGUUCCUCUUUGGACAUCAAAUCACGAUUAACUUUUGCAUCGGCGUGAGCAUAGUCUUAAUCUCCAUGCACUUGUUUUUCAGCUCGAGCGAACAGCUGAGCAAAGCCAAGUUUAACUCACUCGGUGGUUUGAACGAAGAAAACAGUAGUUUGUCCAACGAGGAACGCUCGAGGAGAGCGAAUCGAUUCAUAGUCUCCCCGAGCAUGGAACAUUUAAGCGCGUAUCAAUCCGCGCAGAAUUUGAAAGACGUAGGUUUAUCCGCCUCCGCCGCGGAGAACAGAGUGUGA